AUGUUUGUGUUAAAACUAGAACAAGGUGUGGGCGGUAAUGACAUCAUUUGUAAUAAUAGUUUCUCAAAAACACUUGAGUUUCCCCUUUUUGUUUGUGUUGAUGGAUUGAAAAUAAAUUUCACUCAAGUCUGUGAUGGCAUUGUAGAUUGUCCAGAUUCUUCAGAUGAAUUAAAAAAGUUAUGCUAUCAUAUUGUAUGUCCUGUGACUUUGUACCGGUGUAACUAUGGUGCUUGUAUUUUAAAAUCACUACGAUGUGAUGGUUUUCAAGAUUGUAUUGAUGGUAGUGAUGAAAUUCACUGUGAAGUACCCAAUGUUUGUGCAGAUCAAGAGUAUCAGUGUGUCAAAUCACUCGAGUGUAUUCCAAUUUUUCAAACAUGCAAUGGUUAUUUAGAUUGUAAGGACGAAAGUGAUGAGAGUUCGACGUUGUGCAAAGAUUUUUUGUGUCCAACUUACACAUAUCAGUGUGAUUAUGGUGGCUGUAUUCAUCCAGAAACAAUUUGUGAUGGUACAAAUGAUUGUAUGGAUGGUAGUGAUGAAAAGUUUACAGUAUGUGCUGCAAUGAAAUGCAUCGGAGAUGCUUGUCUUGCUUAUAAAUGUCAAUUAAAUGAAUUCACUUGUGAAAGUGGUGGACAGUGUAUUCCUUUAUCUAGCGUUUGUGAUGGCACUCAACAGUGCCGAGAUGCUUCGGAUGAAGACCCAAAAGUUUGUAAAAAUCAGCAGUAA